UCCUCCUUAUCGUGUGGGGUUCAAAAUCAUCGGAGAGAGAGAGAGAGGAAGAUGAGGUUUUGCUCAAUUUCUCCGCCUGUGUGUGUGUUGUCGUUCUCGUCGAUUGCUCUUGCGCCACCCAGUUCCAAUCUCAGUCAUCGGCUUCUCCGAAUUUGCGCCACUGCUGACGACGGAGUGGAAGCUCCCGAGGAGGUUCAAACCCAAUCUCCUUCCUCUUCUUCUUCCUCUUCUUCUGCACUCGGUAAAGACUUGAAAAAGGUGGUCAACAAGACAGCAGCAACAUUUGCGCCUAGGGCCUCCACCGCCAGUAAAAACCCAGCUCUCCCUGGAACUACUCUUUACAAAGUUUUUGAGGUUCAAGGUUAUGCAUCCAUGUUCCUUGGAGGUGUUCUCUCUUUCAACCUCCUCUUUCCCUCCACCCAACCUGACUUAUGGAGGUUGAUGGGUAUGUGGUCCAUUUGGAUGUUCACUAUUCCUUCUCUUCGAGCACGUGACUGCCCUCCUAAAGAGAAAGAAGCUCUUAACUAUCUUUUUCUCAUCAUCCCUUUACUCAAUGUUGCUAUUCCCUUCUUCUGGAAAUCUUUUCCUCUUGUCUGGUCUGCUGAUACCCUUGCCUUCUUUGCCAUGUAUGCCUGGAAGCUUGGAUGGCUGGAAAGAACCGAGUAGAGCUACUCCUGUUGGGAUUAGAGUCUGGAAGAUUCUAUGUCUUCUCUUCCUUACAAUGAAUGAUUCUCCAUCCAAGCUUCUCUCUUACCAAGUACAGCAUAUCUAAUAUUCGAGGUACCUGGGUUUGAGUGAGGCAAACAAAUGUGUACAUUGCUAAAUAUUGGCCCCCCUUAAGUAAUAUUCAUAGACCUCUGAGAUGGAUGGUUUGUUUAUUAUCUAGGAAAUGAAAAUGCGACUUCAUAUACAUUUUCUUAUCAAGAGCGCAGCUGGUAAAUUUACAGAAAGUAAACAAGUGUGCUCUCUUUUUCUUUUCUGAAUGAAUAAAGAAGUGUGCUCAUUGCAUUUGCA